CCUCUGCUUACCCUACCAUGAUGAAAUCCUCGAUUGAUAAGAAAGACUCAGCAGCGGUCCUCCACCAUGCCGGAUGGGACCAUCUUAAGCCUCCGAAACCGGACGCUGCCAAGUUUGCUGUAACCGGACACGAAAGCCAGGUCGUCACCCUUCAGAUAGGUGUCGGUGAAGCCUGCCAGGGUGAAGCCGGUACCAUGAUGUAUCUAAGCCCCGGUAUGCGACAGUCGGUGACCUACGAAGGAUGCUGCCAACGUUGUUGCUCGGGUGAAAGCUGCUUUGUCGUGAACUUUACCAACAGCGGCUCCACCGGGAAUCACGAGUUCGUAGCCUUGACUCCGAACUUUCCCACCGCCAAGGUGGUGCCCGUCGAUCUCUCGUCACCUGAUGUGGGUGGGAAGCUUGUCGCGCAGCAAGGAGCGUACAUGGCCAGUUACGGAGACGUCCGUGUGGGAAUAUCGUUGGAUACCAACUGCAUGCGCUGCUGCUGUGCAGGUUUGGGUUUGGUCCGACAGAAACUGGAGGGAUCGGGAACGGUGUUCUUGGGCGGUACCGGAACGAUUGUCCAAAAAGUAUUGGCCGAUGGUGAAACUAUUUUGGUCGACACCAACUGCAUCAUGGCAUUUGCGUCUACGUGCAAGUUGGAUUUGAAGCGUGCGGGAGGAAUUCUGGGCAUGGUGGGAGGUGGAGAAGGAAUUUUCAACACCACGCUGACCGGACCCGGCCUUGUCGUUGUGCAAAGCAUGAAUGAGACAGUCUUUCGAGAGGCCUUGGCGACACAAAAAAUUUAUCGCCGGUAAACAACGUUUAUGUGGCCUCUCAAUUGCUAGGACCGUACGAAAAGAGUAGCUGACUGUAAAUGCAAGCUUACUAUUCAUUAAACGAAACUAUCGAAAGCAGUACAAA